AAGUUCUAGGAUAUGACAUCGGAAUCGCAGGAACUGCUCCUCCACACUAUAUUGCAUUUGUUAUUCACAUUGUGCAUUGUAUAUCCACCAGUGGAAUUUCAACGUGCAGGCUUUACUAUCCAAACAUUAUUUUCUGGAAUAUUGGGUGUAGAGCGAGACGAUUUUGUUGGAUAUCAUUUGAGGAGGUCCGUAUUGACACGUUUUGUACAUUUCUGCUCACCAUUAUUUUACUUCGUCUACUUAUCGGUGGUUUUACGAGAAACGGUAUUUACUCUUACACCGCAAACCAUUUUGCAGUUUGGUGCCUAUGCAUCUAUCAUCACCGCUGGAGUCGCUGCUUUCAUAAUGUUGUAUCAUUGGUGGAAAGGAUUUGAUGAACAUCCGACUGUGCACUGUUUGAAACGCUAUCUUGGCAGUAAUGGAAGCAGUUGGCAUGAAGUGGCUGAAUCAAUCAACGCAGAGUAUCGUAAUAUGUUGGAUACGUUAAACAUCACUCUAACAGGUAUAGAUCGUGUCGUGAUGACAUCUUCUUGGAUUUUAAAUAUUACGAACUACAGAUUGACAUGUGCUCAAGUGAGCGAUGUAUCACUGGAAGCCAUAAGAGCUGAAGAACAUCCGAUUUCUCAUCAUAUGCAAGGUGGUGGUUCGGCGCAGUUCAUCAGCAUAUCCGUAAAGAGUACAACACAACGUUUCGAACCAUUUGUUAUCAGAGUACGUACGGAUUCAUUCCGUGAUUUGCGCAACAAACUAGACAAACCUAUUGCUAUGGCUCGAGAAAUAGUCUUGAAGCAAUCACUUAAUGAGCGUUUUGUUGAAGCGUUCACACAACAAAUUGCUUUGAAUCCAAAAUAUGACUAUGACGAACCGGAACGCCUUGAGCCAUGUUUGGGUUGUUCUACUGAGCUGUCGAAUGUCAAAUUAUGGAAACGGUGUCUGAAUGAUGUUCAGGAUGAUAUGGAUGCAGAAAGAUCUAGAUCCCGUUGCACGCAAUGCUACUGCAGACCUAUGUGGUGUGACACAUGUAUGGGAUUUAUCUUUGCAUCAAAGCAAGAUCCACAUCGUCCGGAAUUGUGGAUGCCCGGCAAAGCUCAAUGCCCAACAUGUCGAGCAACAUUCUGCGUUCUUGAUGUUGCGUUUUUAAAUAUGAUUAGGAAUUCAUAGAAGGCAAAUACGUACCUUGCAGUCAAUAUGAGCAGUUCGACAGACGGAAAGACGGACCGUCAACAAAGGCUCAACGGUCAGUCCUCAAAGUUAUUGAAUAAUAUCCUGAGUCGGUGUUUUUCUUCUCCUAGUGGUUUUGAAAACGAGUACAUUUCUGAUGGUCAAUGCAGUCAUUGAAAUCACUGGUUGAACCUAAAGGAAUUGCCGGUUCCCCAUCCCCUGUAUAAUGCUACUAAAUCUUUUCUGGAUUCUUAUUUCUUUUUUUUUCGCAAUUACAAUUUGUGUUGUUAAAUGGAGCGAGGAUAAAUCUGUGUUAAGAUAGAGAAUAAUAUGCCUAUUACCAAUAAAGUUGUUAUCAAUCUGAAA